AUGGUGCCAAAAGAGGCUCGGUUCGAGUCCAAGGCCUGCUAUAAGUGUGGCAAAACCUUUGCAAGCUGGCAAGGACUGCGGGGCCACCUUAACCGCAUCAAGCCUUGCGACCAGGAAAAGUCGGCUCCUGCACCUACGACACGUCGACGACCGGCGGCGUCGAAAACAUGCGUCAAAUGUGGCAAAACGUUCUCGAGUCCGCAGAGUCUUCGCAUUCACAUGAACCGAGUGAAACCGUGUGACCAGGACUUGUCAGCUCCUACGACGCCACCAGCAACAUCAUCCCCCACUAUCCCACUCAUGAUGAACACCGAAGACGUGCAAAAGGAAGCUGAACGGAAGGCAAGGGCCAGGUUCCAGGCUCGCAAAGCCUAUCUAAAGAAACGUGGUCGACUGGAUGAGCUUGGAGACCCUCCAUCGCCGUUUAACCUAUCUAGAAACUAUCAAAAAGGAGCGAGGGAUGCUGCACCGAAGCCAGACCUUAAACGACAGGCAUCAGAUGCCUUAUCGCAAGAGGGUGACGAUGUGGAGACGUCAAACAUUGAGCCUCAAUCUGAGGCGAAGAAACAACGCGUGCAUGAAGAACAACCUCGAGAAGAAGAGCCAGUGGACUCUCCCUCCGAUGUAUCGAGGAUGACGACCGAAGCCAAGGUGCCUGCGCCCUCGAGCCCAGAAGCCCCAACGAACACAGUGACUGCCGAAGGGAGCUUCGUGCAUCGCUCGAACAAGAGUCACGGUGGUGAUCUUCUUGCAGGUGGAUGCAGUUGCCCACCGUGUGUUCGUAGAUGGGCAAGGAAGCUCACGAACCGGAUGCAACAACUCGAAGAUGAGGUGGUGAUGUUACGCCAGAAAAAAACCACCGGCAAUGAGAGUGCCACAUCUACUGAUAACCAGCAGAGUCCAAUUGCAUCUGACUGGCAAAUACUUGGCUCUGAAAAUGGAAGGUUGAUGGAUGUCUAUACCCACAUAAACGACCAAAUCUUGAUGAACGAGAAGGUCGUUGAAGAAGAAUCCAAUGGCCACGCUCAAUUUCUCGUAUCAUCCAAUCCGGAUUUCAGCAGACAAGUCGACGAACUGCGGAUAUCCAUCAGCACGGAGAAGACGAAACGUGAAAUCACUGUGGCAGCUCUCAUUGCUCGCGAGUGGAGACCCCGUCGCGAUGAGGUUAAGGCACUACUUGAAAACAGUCCAGCACAUAAUUCACCCCUUGACGAGCAAGCUUUUCACGCAAAAUGGUCCCAAAUCUCAAACGACGUGUCCGCAAAGGACGAAGUCAUCGCAGAGUUGGAGAAGCGAAUGGACUCGCUCGGUGAAUCCGGUGCAAGCAGCCGCUCCAGGUACGCAGAGAUGGGCGAACUUUCCAGCAAAAUGGCCGCUGAAUAUGCUGCUAAGAUGGCACUGGAGAGCGAGCGUGAGGGUGUUUAUGCGGGUCUAGUGAAAUCCAGCACUCGGAUUUGUUCGCUAGUCAAGAAUGCUCUACUAUAG